AUGGCCUCCACCACCACCACUACCACCACCAACCCCCUCAAAGCUUUUACCAAACUCUCCCCAACCGUCUACAUCCACCGCCCAAUCCCAGAUCCCAAGAACGACCAACCACCCCCAAUCAUCAUCCUAGCCUUCUGGAUGAACGCCCACCCACGCACCCUAACAAAGUACCUAACGACCUACCGCGCGCUCCACCCAACCGCAACAAUAAUCUACACGCUGUCAACAUCGCAAGACUUCCUAAUCCACUUCAGCGCCCGCACGCAGCACGCGCGCCUGGGCCCAGCCGUCGCCGCCCUCCGCGCCGCGCCGCCCAGUUCCAAAAUCCACAUCCACAUGUUCUCCAACGGCGGGACCUUUGCCGUUGCGAACUUGCUGGAAGCUUACAAGGCUAGCAGCAGCGAGGGCCGCCCGCUCGCCGUGGCGAGCAUGCUGUACGACAGCGCGCCGGGCACGUCGACGUUCCGCGGCGGCAUGCGCGCGCUGUCGGUGGGGUUACCUGCGAACCCGGUGCUGCGGGGCGUGGGAACGGUGCUGCUCGCUGCGCUGAUGGUCUGGUCGAUGCUGGUGGCGCUGGUGGUGCCGCGCGCCGACGGGGUGAUGGUUGGGCGGCGCGGGACGGCGGAUGCGGCGCUCGUGGUUGGGGAGGACGGGCGACGGCCGCCGAGGCGGUGUUAUCUGUAUUCUGAGGGUGAUGCGGUCGUCGAGGCGCGGGACGUCGAGGCGCAUGCGGAUGAGGUUGAGCGGUUGGGCGGCGAGGUCGAGAGGGUGCGGUUUGAGCGGUCGGCGCAUGUGUCGCAUAUGAAGACGGAUCCCGAGAGGUAUUGGGGGGUUGUGAGGAGGUAUUUGGGGGUGGAUUAG